UAGGUUCUAGCCAAUCGAAACAAGUCAGAAUUGAACAGUGGUGGAGGCAAACCACAGUUAGCCUACUAUUAAAGUUCGCUUAAUUUUAUAACUCGAAAUAAACAUCAGUGGUUUUAAUGUCACCGUCGGUUGUACUUAACAAAUCAGUCAUUUGUAGAAGGUAAUUAAUGCUUAAGUUAUCAGGGCUAGGCCUAUGUAUCAGUUGCUAUAGAAACCUACGCAGGUAACUUUUGCGGAUAGGAAGCAAACGUUAUCGUUCGUUUCAAAUGUUCAGCCAGAGACGGUAGAUGCUACUUUUCCAUAGCAAACGUAGGUUAACGUGAACGUUAUCAGGUUGGUAGUUAAGCUAUCCAAACGUUUUUGGCUGUGAAGUUGCCUAGCAGCUAGCAGUUUGUGCAACAUUUCGUAGACUUUGGUUUCAAAAGUUCGGAUAGGUUUAGCUUGGCACAGCUUUGCAGGGUCAUGUCUUCAUUUGAAAGCCUAAACGCGUUACGAGAGCAGAACAAAAACUUACUGAAACGACUGCAAGAACAUACAGAAAAACUUAAGAGCCUCUGUCCCCGUAAGACCCCAAACACCACAACGGUUCAUGGGACUGAUGAAAGGAUGCAGCAGCGAAAUCCUCCAGCAGAGAAGAACAAUGAAGAUGUUAUCACUGACGUGGUCAUUCCAAGUCAUCCAGUUCACGCCCGGGUUGCGCUUAGUAAGCUACAGACACAAGAACCAUCACCUUCAAGGACAUCCAUUAUAGACUCGGUGUCAUCCGGAGAAGCCUGCAAAACGUCAACUUUCCUAAAUGACAGUCAACAACAACAGCCUGACCAAGCGGAGGAAGAGCCGGUGUAUUCCAGACUUUUGAGGGACUAUGGGAAUAUUCGUCAGACCGGGUCAAGGGAGAACAUAACUCUGAAAUCCAUCCUUAGGCAGGACAGUUUAAGGAGGGAGGCCGGCCGAGUAACCUUUCAGCCCCUGGGAGAGGACCGGUCACUCACACCCGACAGACAUCGAGUGCAGCCAUUACUGGGUUAUGACUGGAUUGCGGGACUUUUGGAUGCUCAGGACAGCUCCCUGACUGAACGAUCUGAGCAGUUCUUCAGUGAACUACGCAACUUCCGUCAAGUUAACAAAGACGAGUGUGUCCACAGUCAAUCUUCAGGCCUGUCAAAUGCAGAGACUGCAAUCUCACCUCUCAAAGUAGAUGAAGGCGAACUCCAAAGCAAGGCAGAUAGUCAUCAGUGCACCUUCUGCUACCGGAUCAACAACCGUCUGUUUGCCACCCCCCUAGAUCCUCAGGUUGGCUGUCCGGUGUGCAAGAUGCCCAAAUCCAACCACCCUCACACUGUAUCAGAGCCAGCCUUCAUCAGGGUCAGCAUUCCUCGCUCCACCCUGUUGCCCGCUUACCGCUACAAAGCCCACAGGCGCUGUAGCUUUGAUCCGUCAGACAGCCUGGGCCUGCCAUCUCAUUGUCUGUCAGGAUGGUCGAAUGCACCACCCAGCACAAUCCCACAUAUGAGCAGCCUGGAUCUGCGCAGCUCAAUGGCUUCUGCAGCAGACUCCUCAGCAAAUGCAGAUGCUUUGUUGGAUGAAUCUGUUUUAAAAGGCCGGAGUUCUGAUGACCUACUCGACAUGUCUCGUCUGGCCCGCUAUCGCUUUCAACACUUGCCCCAGAGCCGUUGCAAACUACGCACAUCUUGCUACCCUGUGUAUUAAUCGUCCACGUUUGAAGAUCCAGACACCCAAACACCUAAGCCAAUGGUGACCCUAGCCCACAAACCGAAGAUGUUCAGACUCCUGAAUUGUCAGGAUCUCUACAUUUCACCCCAAGAAAUGUUUGGGGGUGAUUCCUACCUAUUUCAACCAACAGGAUAUAAUGGUCUUAACUUAUAAUCAUAUUCAAAUACAAUCAUGGUUAGGCCUAAACUAUUCUGUCACACACCAGUGUGAUGUCAAUUAGAGUAAACUAGAAUGUGUUUGUUUAAAUGUGUUUUUUCGUAGACUCUUUAUCACCCUCUCAGAUAGCCACACGGGCCACUUGUGACACCAGGGCUAUUGAAUUAAAUGUGUUAUUAUGAAUCCAUUGGCCUAUGCUAUGAAACGUAUUGUCACCUGAUCAUUUUAUAAACUGGAUUUGUCAGCAUUUGUGUAACCCUAUCUAUGUUUAAUGAAGUUACAAAUUAAAUAAUAAACUAGAAAAUGGAAUUCCGAGGAAUUACUAGUGCAUGAAAAUGCAAAGCAUAUGAUGUAAAAUAUAGUGUUAAAACAGAUAAUGUAGAGAUGGUAACAAUGGUUUUGCUUAGGUAGACAUGGUUAAAUAAAACUGUUUCUAUGACAGUUGCUAGGGUAAUCGUGUUGGUUGCUAUGGAAACUGACAUAGAUGCUUUAUUUCAAUGGUUGCUAGGUAGGGGGCAUAGUUGAUGAUAACUGACAGUUGGAAUGGCUGAACAGUUAGGGUACCUUCAGACUUAGCAGCUUUUUCUGACAAAAGAAGUUAUGCAGACCGCUUUUUCAGUUAAAAAAAAUCUAACAGCCUGAGACAAGUUGAUUUUAGUGUAAUGGAUGUUGAUAGACAUAAAGUUGAAUGGAUGUUGAUAGGUAGAUUGUUUAAUGCAUGUUGAUCGAUAGUUUAAUGGGUGGAUGAAUGAAUGGUUUGAAGAAGAUGGAUGGAUAGAAAGUUGUAAUGUGCCUUAUAUCCUUGUAGAAUGGUGAGCUAGAGAGAGUUGGUCUAGUUGAGCAGAAAGCAGUUGAUACAGGUGCAACAGUUAAAUAGUUGGAUAGUUUAAAGGGCCUGAUGAUUUUUCUCUACGAAACCCCCCCUCGCUCGGUCUGAAGCUAUUUUCCUUUU